AUGAAGUUACUUGCACUCUUUACCCUCGCAACGGCAGCACUCGCUAGCCCAGUCAUUGUCAAGGACACAAAGAGACAGUCAGUUGGAGCUACUGCCAAUGAAUUUGUCAAUGGAGGAUGUCGCGAUGUCAUCUUCAUCUUCUCUCGUGGCAGCACAGAGACCGGAAACAUGGGCACCGUCAUCGGCCCAGAGGUUGCCAAUGGACUCAAGACCUCUUUGGGAGACUCUGCCGUUGCGGCACAAGGCGUCGAUUACGCAGCUGCUCUGGACACCAACUUCCUCCCUGGAGGUGCUGAUCCUGAUGGAAUCGCGACAAUGGUCAGCUUGCUGAAUCAGGCAGCAUCUCAGUGCCCUGACGCCAAAAUUGUGACUGGCGGAUACAGCCAAGGAGCUGCAAUGACUCAUCGUGCCGUGGAGCAGUUAGAUGCGGCCACAGUCGACAGAAUCACUGGCAUUACCCUCUUUGGAGACACCCAAUACCAGCAGACCAAUGGCGUUGUCGGAGAUGUCCCCGCAAAUAGAGUCAAGAUCUACUGUGCUGCUGGAGACUUGGUUUGCAACGGUACCCUGACCAUUACCGCUGCCCAUCUCAGCUAUGGAGUUGAUGCCGGCGACGCCACUUCAUUCCUGGUCAACUUGAUCAACGCAGCUUAG